AUGGACAUCAAAAAGUCGUUUCGUAAGAUGGCUCUGGUCUGGCACCCCGACAAAAAUCCACAUCGCAAAGACGAAGCCACCAAGAAGUUCCAGGACAUCAAUGAUGCCUACAACGUUUUGAAUGAUGCCAAAACCCGUCGAGAAGCUGAGGCCAAAUGGAGAACCGCUUCCAAAGCCUCGUCUACUGCCUACUACUCCUAUGGAAGUACGCCUACUAGCAGUUCCAGAGGAGGAGGAUGGACGUCUUCACAGCAUCAUUGGGACGACUCGUUCUCCGACUUUGGCGGGGCCAGCGGUUGGGCCUACUCUGGCUUUUAUGGAGCCUAUGGACGCCCGCAGCAGCAGCAGCAGCAAAGCAGAUCUUCUAAAUCGUCCAGAUCAAAGAGCAGUGCCUAUAACUACUACGCCCAGAGAGACAACAGCAACAGGUACGCUUAUGACAGCACUCCCAGCGGAAGCGGCAGCAACAAAUUUAAGACCAAGACCAAACCUCGACCCAAGACUGAAACGAAACCCAAGCCCGAACCGCGAGCUGAAACGAAGCCCAGGCCCACACCUAAGCAGGAAACCAAGCCGAAACCGUCACAGUUUGAAGAGGCUUAUUCGACACCUCCGCAGUUCAAAUCGACAGCUGGCGACCCAAGCUUCACACGAAAGACAGGCUACAGUUACACAUCUGGGGAACGAUAUAGACCCGGAGAUACCCCCAAUGUUAAGCCGCCUGUUUACGAACAGCAGCAGCAGCAGCAGCAGGAGAAGGAUACGACUGGAACUGAAGCACCGUUCAACUUUGAGCGACAACGAGCACCUCAUAGCAGUUCUGGGAAGGGAGAGAAGUUCAAGAUGUACGACGAGCCCCCGCCUAAGAACAAACCGACUUCAGGCUCUUUCAACUUCACCAUGCCUGAUAUGAAGACCAGUGAGCCUUCUCCUGCGAGCAAAUCGUUCCGAGAAGACCAUAGCUUUUUGUUUGGACAGGAUCAGGAAGAAGAGUCUGAAGAAGAAAGUGAUUUCUCUGAGAAUGACCUUCCUGAUCCCAACUACAAGCAGACUCGUAACCCGUUUGGAUUCAAUAGCACGUUUGUUGAUUUGACCGGAACGGACGACGAAGUGGAAGAGCUGUCUCCUGACGAGUACCGUGAGAUUGCUAGAGAAGCACAGCGACGUAAGGAUCAGGAGAGACGUGAAGAACUCAUCAAUGAGAGCAAGGCAAAGUCUCAGAGAGCCCGAGACAUGUUCGGGGAGGAAACCAGCAGUAGUGAUGAUCUGGAUGCCCAUGCUCAGGAUGUCUCUUCAUCGUCUGAUUCUGAUAUUGAUACCAGUAUGUUUGAAGGUAAUGAUCAGCAUGAAGCUGCUCAGGGCAACAUAUUUGGAGCCAGUCUGUUCGACUCUACACCAUUUGAAAAGGACGUGCUGAGUUCCAUGUUCAACUUCAAUCUUGGUAGUGACAGUCCUCAAGCUAAACCUCGGCGAAGGCCUGUGGCUGCUCAUCGACGUCGAAAACCUCCGACCUCUCGAACUUAUACCAGAAGCAGACAGCCGUACAUGGAGGAGACUUCUGAUUCCGAUCAUGCCUCCAGAACGCCCUUCACUCCUCGAAACGCAGAAGAAGCUCCUCCGUCGAAGAAGGUGAGCCCAGAUUUCAAACAAAAUCCCCUGUUUGAUAUCAACAACAUCCACCCGUUUAACGAGACCAACGGCAACUUUGGUAUGGACGAAAUCCGAAACAACAUUGAUCAGAUGGGUGGGGACAAGGUGAAAACUGAGAAGGGGGGACCUAUUGGGGAAGACAACAACAGCACUGGUCGGUUCAGACGGUCUAAAAACACAACCAGUGAGCCCGUCAACACCAACACCUCGUCAGCCUUCAGACCCCAGGGUGCCUCGCCUUACACAAAGCUCAAUAUUGAUCUUGCUACCGACAACGCUCAAUUCAUUGAUCCCCCCCUGCCUCCCAGUUUCAGCUACAAUUCAGGAGAAGAUGCAGAUACCGCAUUGGCUCGGUAUCUCAGGGAGUUCAACCAGUACCAGAAAAACAUGGAUAAGUUCUACUUGCAAUGCAUCGAGUAUCGAAAGGCACGAAUGGAGGCCAAUGAGGCUCACAAGAACAUCCUCAAUUCUACGUCCACCUACAGAAAGGCUAAUAUGGAGGCUCGUGAAAUCGACGCGUUGGUGUUGGAAAAGGAGUACUCGGCCACCAGAAAGCAUGCCGAGGCUCUGGAGCAUUACGAUGCCAUUAGCAACGAGCUGAGAUGA